AUGGCGUCGUCGUCAUCCUGGAACCUCACCGAGGCCACCAAGGCCGUUCACGACAUCACGGUGAACGGCUACUCUGCCACCAAAGCCGCCGGCAGUAGGGGCUUCUCUUCCAAGCGGCUCACCGUGGGUGGUUACGAGUGGGAGAUCCACUACGCCCCACAGGCGGUGAACUUCUGCGGGGCUGCGUUCAGGCUCGCCUUCCUCGGCGCGACGAGGACACCACACGUCAGGGCGUCGUUAAGCUGCGGCCUGAUGGAGCCCUCGACGUCGUCCGUGGCACAUUGGCUUGACGCAAGCGGGAUGCGUCACAUGUGCGAGGAGAAAGUUGUGUCGACCAGUUUUUACAUGACCACGCAGUGCACUCGCUGGGCUGAGCUCAUGCGCCAAGACGAUCUGGAGAGGAAUUCGAACAUUUUAGCUAAUGAUUCCUUCAGGGGUGAGAGUGGACGACUACUCCGCCACCACCAAUGCCAGGCCAGCGCCGCCUCCUUCCGUUCCAAGCGGCUCACCGUGGGUGGCUACCACUGGGAGGUCCACUACACCCUCAACUUCUCCGACGCCGCGGACGGCGAAACGUGGGUGGCGCUCAAGCUCGUCUUCCUCGGUGCAGCGGCGGCGAAGAAAGCGGCAGGCGGCGGCGGCGGGAAUGCGUCGCUCAAGUGCAUCCUAAAGGUUCCCCUUUCUGACGACGACGACGACGACGACGUCCUCACCGUCACGGAGGUGGUGCUAGAGUUAACCGGGGGCUACCACGAAUACGAGGAGAAAUCCGUGGCGGAUGUGUUCUCCAGCCGUGCAGAUUCCUCGCCCUGGCUUCGGCUCGUAACCAGGAAAGAGUUUGACUCUUGUCAUGAUAUUAUCAGCCUUGACUGCUUGCUUCCUUGUUGA